GACUCCGGCACGAGCCUCUCGUGGGUCCCGCCCCCGUCACGUGGGCUCCGGCCCGGACCGCUGUCGCUCGGUCCGCUGGUUGGUCGGUCAGUUGGUUGGUGGGUCAGUGGCCUGCAGCUCGAUUCUCGCCUCUCAUGUUCGGAGGUGGGAGGGACACGGGAGCGGCCCUCACACCUGUGCCGCCCGGAGAGAAGCCCAGCACCCAGUAAGAGAAGAAGACUGAGGGGAGAAGAGCCAUGGCUUCGGAUGCCAGUCACGUGCUGGAAGCUGCCCUGGAGCAAAUGGACGGGAUCAUUGCCGGCACUAAAACAGGUGCAGAUAUCGGUGAUGGGAGCUGCGAGCCUGCCCUGGCCUCCCCAGCCUCCCGCACGAACCCUUUCCCAGUGCUCCAUCUCGCUGAGGACUUGAGACUGGCACUGGAGAUGCUGGAGCACCCUCAGGAGAGAGCAGCCCUCCUGAGCCAGAUCCCGGGCCCCACUGCUGCCUACAUCAAGGAGAGCUUGUCCCAGGUAAAUCACCACGGUGCUGCUGGUAAUGAAACGUACCAGGAACGAUUGGCACGUCUAGAAGGAGAUAAGGAGUCCCUCAUUUUACAGGUGAGUGUCCUCACAGACCAAGUGGAAGCCCAAGGAGAAAAGAUUCGGGACCUGGAAGUGUGCCUGGAAGGACACCAGGUGAAACUCAAUGCCGCCGAAGAGAUGCUUCAACAGGAGCUGCUAAGUCGCACAUCUCUUGAGACCCAGAAGCUCGAUCUGAUGACUGAAGUUUCUGAGCUGAAGCUCAAGCUGGUUGGCAUGGAGAAGGAGCAAAGAGAGCAGGAGGAGAAACAGAAAAAAGCAGAGGAGUUACUGCAAGAGCUCAGGCACCUCAAAAUCAAGGUGGAAGAGCUGGAGAAUGAACGGAAUCAGUAUGAGUGGAAGCUGAAGGCCACUAAGGCCGAGGUAGCCCAGCUGCAAGAGCAGGUGGCCCUGAAGGAUGCAGAAAUUGAGCGCCUGCACAGCCAGCUCUCCCGGACGGCAGCCCUGCACAGCGACCACGCAGAGAAAGACCAAGAAAUUCAACGUCUGAAAAUGGGAAUGGAAACUUUGCUUGUUGCCAAUGAAGAUAAGGACCGUCGGAUAGAGGAGCUCACGGGGCUGUUAAACCAGUAUCGGAGGAUGAAAGAGAUCGUGAUGGCAACUCAAGGGCCUGCAGACAGAACUCUCUCAAUCAAUGAAGAAGACCUCGAGGGAAGUUUCAGAAAGUGGAACAGUGCCAACAGAGGCCCGGAAGAAUUAUUUAAACCAGAGAUGCCUCCAAGAUGUAGCUCUCCCACCACCGGGCCACCUCCACUCCCGCAGAAAUCACUGGAAACCAGGGCUCAGAAAAAGCUCUCGUGUAGUCUGGAAGACCUGAGAAGUGAACCUGUGGACAAGUGUGUUGAUGGGAACCAGCUCUCCCCAGUGACAGAACCCAAGGAUGGCCCUUUCCUGGCCGAGCACAAAUACCCAACGUUACCCGGGAAGCUUUCGGGAGCCACACCCAAUGGAGAAGCUGCCAAGUCAACUCCCAUGGCCUCACAGGCCGACCCCGCAGGGAACAGCCUGCUGAGGCUGAAUCGUGGCCGGAGUGUCAGUGCCCCCGUAUUAGGAGACACAGAAAGUGGUUGGGACGACACUGCUGUGACCAACGACCUCUCAUCCACAUCAUCGGGCACUGACUCAAGCCCCCAGUCUCCCCUGACACCAGAUGGUAAACGGAGCCCCAAAGGCAUCAGAAAAUUCUGGGGAAAAAUCCGAAGAACUCAGUCAGGAAAUUUCAACACUGAUGCCCCAGGGAUGGCAGAGUUUCGACGUGGUGGGCUCCGGGCAACUGCGGGGCCAAGGCUCUCCAGGACCAGAGAUUCCAAGGGUCAGAAAAGUGACGCCGGUGCCCCCUUUGCCCAGUGGAGCACAGAGCGUGUGUGCGCGUGGCUGGAGGACUUCGGCCUGGGUCAGUACGUGAUCUUUGCCAGGCAGUGGGUGACUUCUGGCCACACUUUACUGUCAGCUACCCCUCAGGACAUGGAAAAGGAGUUAGGAAUUAAGCAGCCUCUGCACCGGAAGAAGCUGGUUUUAGCAGUGAAAGCCAUCAAUGCCAAGCAGGAAGAGAAGUCGGCACUGCUAGACCACAUCUGGGUGACACGCUGGCUUGAUGAUAUUGGCUUACCCCAAUACAAAGAUCAGUUUCAUGAAUCCAGAGUUGAUGGGCGGAUGCUGCAAUACCUGACUGUGAAUGAUCUCCUCUUCCUAAAAGUUACAAGCCAGCUACAUCAUCUCAGCAUCAAAUGUGCCAUUCAUGUGCUGCAUGUCAACAAGUUCAACCCCCACUGCCUACACCGGCGGCCAGCUGAUGAGAGUAACCUUUCUCCUUCAGAAGUUGUGCAGUGGUCGAACCACAGGGUGAUGGAGUGGUUGCGAUCUGUGGACCUGGCGGAGUACGCGCCCAAUCUUCGUGGGAGUGGCGUCCAUGGAGGCCUCAUUAUCCUGGAGCCCCGCUUCACUGGGGACACCCUGGCUAUGCUUCUCAAUAUUCCACCACAAAAGACGCUCCUCAGACGCCACCUAACCACCAAAUUCAAUGCCCUGAUCGGUCCUGAGGCUGAACAGGAAAAGCGGGAGAAAAUGGCUUCCCCAGCUUACACCCCACUGACCACCACAGCCAAAGUCCGGCCAAGGAAACUGGGAUUUUCACAUUUUGGAAACAUAAGAAAAAAGAAAUUUGAUGAAUCGACAGACUACAUUUGCCCAAUGGAGCCCAGUGACGACGCUGGUGACAGUCACAGGGUCUACAGUGGCUACCGGGGCCUCAGCCCCCUCGAUGUCCCUGAACUGGAUGGGCUGGACCAGAUGGCGCCUUCGGAAGGCACUGUGACGCAGAUAGGGCUCCUCUCCCAAGACAUUCACCGCCUCACGACCAUGCUGAGCCAGGACCAGCUGCUGAACGACUCUCGGCUGGCCGCUCCCAACUCUGAGGACUGGAGAUGACUUUCUUCAUGGCCAAGAAGCCAGAGAGACACGUGUGGGGGCCCCGAGUCUCUGCUUCAAGGGGGGGCUGCCACAGCCACCCGCAGAGCCCAGACAGGCUGGCAGGACACCUCGGACAUGCGUGCUGACAGGAGCAAGCAGAGCAGUGAACAGAUGUCCAGGAGGUGGUCCCAACUGUACUAUGCUCUUCACCACAGCUUUUCUACCUUUUAUACUUUUAUACGUGGACUGCACCCCACUUCUGUGGGGAGGGCAGUGAGACAUCAGCACAGACUCAAUGGCUCAUGCUCUUUCUGGUAACAGCUGGGAGGUUCUUAGGCCAAAGGGCAAUGAGUUCAUAAAACCUCUGCUAGAAGAAAAUUCCGAAAAUGAUGUUCUGGCUGUCCAGGAGUGGCUGAGCUGGCUGGAAUGACAGGGGGCCCCUCCUGGGCUGCUUCCACAUAUAGGGAGUACUUCCUCCACAGGAACCUGGCUGGGGCCUGGGUGUUCAGGAUGAGCGCAGGGAAGGAGGAAUGGGCCUCUCUUCAUCCUACCCUCCUCUGCAACAGAGUUUCUGGUUGUCAACAACGGGCUGCCUCAGGUCUGAGCAGAGACAGCUCCCACAGGUGCAGGCACUGGCACCCUCACCCUAGCUGAGUGCCAGCACAGGCUCCAAGGUGUAGGUGUCUGAUCAAAUGGCUCCCCCCAGUGGACAGCACUUGCACAGCCCAAAGCAACAGUUCCACCACUGCUCACCAUCUUCCCAGAGUAGCCUGUUUCCUGGGGUGUCUCCUGCCUCAGGGAGAAGCCCCACAUACCCCAGCCAUACUCUAACACCCCCCCCAACCAGUCUUCCCACUUGAGACAGCCCCCUCCUCUUCCUCCCGUGAUGGCUCAGGCCUCCUCUCUCCUCUGAUUGCCAAAGCUGGUCUCCUCCUUGGUCUAUCACCUUCCCAGUUGGUCCCUCCAAAGGUUCUCUACCCUACCCCAGAAUGGCCUUCCCAAAGCACUGUUUUGAUCCUGUUACCUUUCUUCUAAGAAAUACUUUCGUUCCAGAAGCCAGAGUAGAGUUCAAAAGCCUUUGCCAGCACCCAGAGCCAUGUGGAAGCCACUCUGUGGCCUGCGCCCCUGCCUUCCCCUCACUGUGGGACCUACUUUUCCACCAGUCCCCUUUACAAGGCCCAGCAUGACACCGCUUCUUUCAGAAAGCCUUCAGUGAUGCAUGGGUUAGGGGUCCUUGUGUGCCACUGUGCAGUCUGCCCUGAGCCCAAGCCCUUCCUGGCUCCACCUGAAGUAGUGUGUCUUUCUCCCUUUCCGUAGCCUCUCAGCACAAACUCUGCCGAGCAGUCUGCUAUGUGUGGGCCCUUGUACGACCACAGUAAGAGCCAGUCCUGGUCCUCAGACUGCUCAGGUCAGGGGCUCCGUGCUGCCGUGUUCCCCAUCCACCCACCCCUUCAUAUGUGCGGGUUAAGCACGUUCCAUGUCAGGCUAAGAAGGGCUACAGAUACAGGCAUGGAUGUCAAGGUCCUUGUCUGAGGGUGCUGAUGGUCUAGUGGGAGGGGGGGAGGCACACAUUUGUUUCAAACAGGCGUGUGCUGAACAUUACAGAUGCUCCGGUGAAAGUGUCUACAGCCUGCAAGAACAAGUUGUCGUUUUUAAUGGAGAGCUGGGGGCAGGGGACUGAAAAAGACUUAGACUUCAGAAACAAAGCAGGUUCCCCAAGUGUGCCAGGGGGAGGCACUCCAGGAAGAUGGACUCGGAACAUGCCAGCACAUCCCAGGAAGUGCCCAAAGUUGCUAAGACCAGAGCACAGCUUCUCAGCCUCUGCCCUGCUGUCACUUAGGGCAGACUAACUUGUGCUGGGGGCUGGUCUGUGUGUGGCAGGAGGUUUCACAGCAUCCUCUACCCCUAUCUGCCCACAGCACCCCUCCUCUGGUGUGACCACCAAAGAGGUCUUCAGACUUUGCGAAAUGUUCUGUGGGAGGCAAAACUUCCCCUAGUUGAGAACCACAGGGCCAUGGGAUGGGGUAAGAGUGGGAGGCCCAGGGAAGGAAGAGUCUGGUGAGGUUAGCUGGAGUCAGGCCAGGAAAAGCCCUGCGAGCCAGGUCCCUGUGAUUUAUCUUGGAGACACAGGUGGCCAGGUGGGGACUACCAAAAGCAGGGGACAAGCGUGGGAAUAUGUGCGUUAGAGAAAAGUAUCCGUGGGUAGGUUCUUCCUCAUCCUGUAGUGCCUGGCAGAGUAUCUUUCUCCAAGUAGGGGAUUCGCUGAGGGUGCGCUGGGCACACGGGUGAAUGAAGGCUCACUGCCCAUCGCUGCUGCACCCCUGCAAGACCCUCCCUGUAGGCAGGGCAUCGCUGUACUCCAGUGAGUUCUCUAGAGCCAUUUCCCCUGUCCUGUACCCCUCACACUCACACACAUGCCUACACACACGGUGACACCAAGCUGGCACACUGCAAUCCAUCCGGUUUUUGCAGAAAGGGACAGUUUUGGAAUUAGACACAGCCAGAUGGGAAGCCCAGCUCUGCCACCUCCUGUUGGAAUGACCUGGGGGCAAGAACUUCAUCUUGGAGCCUCAGUUUUCUCAUCUGUAACUUGGAGAAUAACUCCCCCUUGCCCCCUAGGAUCUCUGGCUUCUUAUGAGAAUGAUGAGAAAUAAAGCGCAGAAAGGUUCACCGCUCCCAGGUAACAGAGCAGUCAGCCUGGCCAGGAGCAGCAGAGGCUGCCCUGGUCACUUGGGUCACUUGGUUUCAGCAAAGGGAAGGAUUGAAGGAGUAGCCCCCGGAGCCUAGUCUCGUUUGCAAACUCAGAAGCUACUGUACUAACUACCCCAGGGGCCACAUCAGAAGAACGGGAUGCUAGGAAGACCACAGCCCCAUUUGUUGUGCAAAGCCCAGGGAGUCCGCCCUUCCUGGAGCCUGCCUCCCCUGUGGAUUUAUGACUGCUCUAAUAACGUUUGAACAGCAUUCGCACUGCAGGGGUCUGCCACAAAGGAAGAAAGAAUGCACGUGGAGGGUGCCUGGGCCCUCUCGUGGGUCUGCCCUUAAAAACAGAACACUCUGAAGAGGGGUGUUCAAGAGGGAUUGGGAGCUGACGUGACUCCAGUGGAUUCUUCUGGAAUUUUGCCCCUGCAUGUUUGCCAGUCCUGACCUCCUUGGGACAGAGGACAGCUCACAUGUAGGGAUGGCCAAGGCCUUCAAACUACCUAGCAGGUGCCCCACAAGCCCCAGCUCACGAGCUGUCUGCUUUGUACUGAGGGCUAUUUCACUCACCUAUGGGAAAAGCUACGAAUUGAGCCUCCCAAGCAAGGUGGCCCUCAGAAACUUGUUUGUCUCCAGCCCUCUGAACACUUCGUAGGCGCACACGCAGAAGAGGAGCGAUGUGCCCAAGGAUGCACUGCAGGCACUUGCGAACAUGCACCACUUUAAUGUACUGAAGCGGAGCUCACUCUGAAACACAGGAAAGGGACCAGGCAGAUGUGUUAAGAGCAAGGGAGCGAUUAGUAAGUGAAAAUCAUGUCAUUGGUAUAACCCAGUUUCUCCAGGUUCGGGUGGGCAGCGGUCUGGAUCAGGGGCGGGGGUCCACACACCAGGAUGAAGGUGGACUGCCCGGGAGGAGGGAGAUGCUCCUUGAUCAUGUUGGCGGUGAUGUAGCCUGAGCUGUACUUCCAGCCUGAGAUGGAGCAAAAGUAGAACAAAGCUGUGGGGGUGCCAGGUGGAGAACCUGACCCCAAGCCUCCUGCCCGCCCUCCUAAAGAGGGAAGCAAAGCCAUUCUCCAAGGCUUAGAAGCCUGCACUGCUGCUCUCUGCAGAGAAACUGCAAAAUCAAGGACAUGGUAGGCUCAGGCAGCCCUCAGAAGUAUCCACCCCAAGAUCCCAGGCUCACUGUGGGGACCCUGAGGCCCACAGCAGGUGUCUGAUGCUACCAGCACUGUCAGGGAUGGAGAGUAUAAUAGCGAGGUAUGGUCUGAAUCAAGGGACCUUGCAGGCUGGGGUUUGUGGCUCAGUUGGGGGGCGCCCUCUGCUGAGCAGUGAGCUGUAUGACAAGGCAGGCACAGCUCAGUGCAGUAGGAGUGACAGGCAUAGAUGGUGCACUGCGUGUGGCAGUGGCCGCGGGCUGGCUAGGGUUGCAGCAGCUGGCUGGGGCUUAGAAUGUGAUGACUGCUAUCCAGGAGAGGCUGGGUGGUAAGGGAGGAGGGGUCAAUGGCCAUAUUAGAUGAGGUGUGUGUGAUAUCUCUGUAGGAUGCUGUGUCGAGUGUAGCAUGGAGUGGGUGUUCAGACUGACCCAUGACUCAGUGUCCCUCUGAGUCCCUCCUGAGGUUCAACACGUGUAUGGGGUGCUGCUGAGAUAUCAGACAAAUGCCCCUGACUGCUCUCACAAGCACGUUGUCCCAAAUCCUCUCUCCCUCAAAUUCCUCCAAUUCCCAUGUGGAGACAGAGCUGAAGGUCUCAGCCCCCCGCCCCCAGCACAGUCCCCAAAACCAACCCAGGGCCUAGUUCCUGAGGCAGGUCAAGGGUUGAGCUACCCCACAGAGGGGACAAAGGAGAUCAUACCAACAGGAGGCCUGUCCAGGGUGUACCACAGGCUGAACUGUUCCGGGUGAGUUCUGGCAACUUCUUCAAGCUCCUUUCUCACCAAGAUAUCCUCCUCUGCCUAGAACAGAAGCAACAUGAGCAAAGCCCCUCCAGGGACAUCCUGUGUGUCCCCACACUGGGCACACGGGUCAGUGCACAUCCGCCCAAGCUGCGCCUGCUCUAGUUAGGUGCCGUCACCAUGACCCCUGGGGGAACAAAGGUUCCGCUGCACUCCCUGCACUACCAACCCUCUCAUGGUAGAGGAGGUGGGCGGUGCCACAGAGGCGGGGGCUGCCCUCAGCUGCAGGCUGAGCGCAGGCGCACUGGCAAGGUGGCCUAGCUCUGAUGGCCCAGCCCCCUGACCCAUCCACACAGAGCACCUGGCUAAUCUGCUGGGCUGGGCUGAGCUUAGGGUGAGCCUAGGACCUUUUGCAGGGCGUGCAAGGGGUGAAGGCCUUACUAUAGAAGAUCGCACCUAACACAACAGCACUGGGAGCCACAGGAGAGGAAAGCAAAGGCUGGAGCUUCAUUUGGGGAAAGGGAGCCAAAGCUGCCAGAAACCUGUCCCAGGCUCAGAGGUGCCGCACAGAGGACCUGGGUCUUAAAACUCUUCGUGAUUCUUGCACCAGCAAUCCUACUUCGGGGAUUCUGUUUAAGAAAAUAAUCUAAAAGGCACCAAGCCUAGGCAAUAUUGUUCAUCACUGUGUCCUUUACAACUAGGAAACUGAAAACAGUCUGGAUGCAGAAGAUGUAGUAAAUUAUGGUGCAACUUGAUACAGACUGAUGAAAAUAUUUAUAAAGAGUUUUGAUGACAACAAAGUGCCUGUGUCAUAAUGUUGAGUGAAAAAGCAAUAUAUAUGUGUGUGUGUAUGUAAUUGCAAAUAUAUGGCGUGUGUA